CACGCACCGUCGUCCGCCCACUACCGUCAGUUUUCAUUCAUCUUCCACAACCACAGCCCGCCGCCACCGUCACCGUCACCGUACAGACACACUCCCGCCUGUAUAAACUCCUCAGUGCAAAUACAACUACUACAAAUGCUUUCUGACUCUUCAUCUCACGUUUUCUCUGUAAAAAACCGCCUCCGCCACCCUAACUCCGCUGUCUUUUCUCGUUCAUCAUCUCUUCCUUUUCGAAUUUCUCCUUCUGCUCUGAAAUUUGGAGCAAUUGAUUUCAAAAUGAGUUCUCCAAAUUAUACUCUCUCGUGUAAUUGCAACAGUAACAGGAAGACUGACAUUCCGACAGUAGACCUAGGGCUUGAACAUUUGAACCUCGACCGCUUUGUUGACGUGGGAAACGAGCUCGCCGACGCUUCCGGUGACGUCAUCCGCAAGUACUUCAGGAAAUCCUUCGACAUUCUUGAUAAAGAAGAUUUGAGUCCUGUUACAAUUGCUGAUCAAGCGGCCGAGGAGUUAAUGGUGAAGAUUAUAGAGAAGAAUUUUCCUUCUCAUGCAAUUUUUGGAGAAGAGAAUGGAUGGAGAUGCAAGGAAAAUGUUGCAGAUUACGUUUGGGUUUUGGAUCCAAUAGAUGGGACAAAAAGUUUUAUUACUGGCAAACCCGUGUUUGGAACACUAAUUGCUCUACUACACAAGGGUAAACCGAUUCUUGGCAUUAUUAACCAACCUGUUCUGAGAGAGAGAUGGAUUGGAACAAUUGGGAGGCGAACUACUUUGAAUGGACAAGAAAUCUCCACGCGCAGUUGUCCACAACUUUCCAAAGCUUAUCUGUACACUACUAGUCCACAUCUAUUUUCUGGAGAUGCUGAGCUGGCCUUCGCUCGAGUAAGAAAUAAGGUCAAAGUGCCUCUAUAUGGCUGUGAUUGUUAUGCAUAUGCUCUAUUGGCAUCGGGCUUUGUGGAUCUUGUGAUUGAGUCCGGUCUCAAGCCAUACGAUUUCCUUUCCCUGAUACCAGUAAUUGAAGGCGCGGGCGGAGUCAUAACUGAUUGGAAAGGACAUCAACUUCAUUGGGAAGCUUCAUCAAAUUCCAAUGUGACAAGUUUUAAUGUAGUGGCAGCAGGGGACAAAAGGGUUUAUCAAGAAGCUCUAGAUACGUUACAGUGGUAGUGAGUUCGUCAGAAAGUUGCGGGUUUAGGUUUCAUCUUGCCGACUGGCUGCUGGGUUACUUCCAAGAUAACGACCGCAAUAAGGACUAAACCCUUCCCGAACAAUGGGAACUCGUAGUCCAGAUAAAAACAGCUAUUUAUUAUGCAUCGAACAUUCAUUCAAAUGAAUGUAUAUCUGUAACUCAAUCAUAUUUGCUGUUACGGUCAUUAUUGGAUUUGGAUUCGAGCACAAGUAUCCUCAUCUUUUUUGUAUUGUUAUUACCCAAGUUAAAAUCAAGAGUGGUACCUACCGAUAUCGGUGUUGCA